CCUCUACAACAAGAGAAAGAAAGCAAUCAUAUCAAAAAGAAAAAAAGAGCAAAGAAAGAAGAGAGAGAGAGAGAGAGAGAGGAUACACAGGGGGCUAAAAAAUGACAACACAAAAACCAAUAUUGGAGCAACAAAUGUCACAAAUGCAGAUCAAAUUGAAGAGCUCAGGCAUUAUCAGCAAUUACAAUGAAAGCACACUGUUAAGGGAUGAAAAGGAUGAGGAGAUGUCAAGGUCAGCAUUGGCCAUGUUUAGGGCAAAGGAAGAAGAGAUUGAGAAGAAGAAGAUGGAAGUCAGAGACAAGGUUCAUGCUCACCUAGGACGUGUGGAGGAAGCAACCAAACGUUUAGCAGAAAUUCGUGAAGAGCUCGAAGCUCUGACGGAUCCAAUGAGGAAGGAAGUUUCGAUGGUGCGUAAGAGGAUUGACACAGUUAACAGAGAGCUGAAGCCUCUGGGCCUGAGUUGUCAGAAGAAGGAGAGAGAAUACAAAGAAGCCCUUGAAGCUUUUAAUGACAAGAACAAAGAAAAAGCUCAGCUUGUUUCCAAAUUAGUGGAGGUUGGUCAGCUGGUGGGUGAAAGCGAGAAACUAAGGAUGAAGAAACUAGAGGAAUUGAGCAGGAAUAUUGAAGCUCUGCCCUGAAUUCUUGCAAACACCCCAGCAAUUGUCAGCCAUGCUAUGCUAAUUUGUUGCCAUGCAUGCCCUUGAAUUUGGUGUAUAUCUUGUGAUUUCUGUGAUUUUUAUUUUCAUUUUUAGUGGGUUUUUCAUGGACAGUUUUUUUUUUUUUUUUUUUUUUUUUUUUUUUUUAACAUAGAGGGCAGAAGUACCCACCAUGGAGGUUUGGUGCUACUCACAUGUCAAAUCUUGACCUUCUCAUUCUUGUAGUCAAAUUCAAGAUAUGUUUGUUCAAUAUUGAAGCUGAAAUUUUCAUGAAGA